AUGUCACCCGUCCGUGGAGGUGGUCGACGCGGCAAGGGCCGCGGCCCUGCUAGUAGUCUUCCGGAGGAGGCCGCUGCGGCUGGAGGCAACGGCGGCAACCCUGGUCCCGGUUCUAGCGGUCAGCGUCGCCCCUCCCGAAUUUCGUCUGCGAUUGCGCUGGCGUCGUUCAACUGGACCGAUGACGCCAUCGUCGAGGUGGCCCGUGACCUUAGCAACGAUCCCGUAGCGAUGUACGCCGACUCCGUCCCGGGAAAGUCGAGCAAAACAAGUGGUACUGGCGUAGGGAAAGCGAGCGGGCAUGGGACCGGUGCUGGAGGGAGGAGUGGAGGGCCUGGCAGGGCGAAAGCGCCGCAUGGGGGGGGUUUCAGGCCUCCCCAGGCAGCGGUAUCCGAACACGCGACUCCAUCUCCUUCGCCCAAGGUGAAGCAAGGGUCGAUAUCACGGGCAAGCCCGCAGACGAGCAGAAAUCCGCCGCAAGACCUCCACAGCCCGGCUGUUCCCGACAUGUCAUCUGUGGCAGGAGGCGCGGCGGCCGGGCACGGGGGCGGCCGAGCGGGUUCGAUUGGGCCUGUGAAACCACGGCGACAACGACCAUCAGCGCCGACGAAAAUGCCGUCGCGGCUGUCACUGAGCCACUACCCGGGCAUGAGCCUGUCCGAGUGGGUACAGAUCUGCCUGCGGCAGACUGUGGUGCCCCUGACGACUAUGCCGGCCUGGUGGUACCGGGGGUAUCAGCCGUCGGGCUGUACCAGGGCGGCAAUGACUGGAGUCCUCACGACCAGAUGGGGGAUCAGGGGGCUGAGGGAGUUCCGGGCGCGGGGGAUGGGAGCGGAGGUGUUUUCGUGUGGAGGCGUUGCGUUGUGA